UUUUCAUUAUGAUUUUAAUAAUGAACAUUAAUGUCAAAUAAUUAGAAAAUCCGAUAACCGGUUAGAAGUCAACACUUUUCUAACCUAAGAGAGAAGUGUCUACAGACAGCAAUUUGUAAAUGCGAAAAAAUUUUAAAAAAGAUUUUUAUAUUAGAUCUCUAAAAAUAUUAUUAAGUUCUCCGCCAAUAAGAUGGUAUUACGGAUCUCUGUUCUCAAGCAUUUCGCUAAAAAUUCUUAUAAAUUCAAGGUUAAAAAUAUUUGGAAUAAUGUUGAUGAAACUUAUAUUCGUUCUUACGCGAAUCUAUCACGAUUAUCACCCCAAGAGGUGACUGAUAUAUUAAAAAUGAAUGAAUUUACGAAAGAAUUUGAAGGUUCAAAUUCUAUUAAAAGUUAUGAUUCAAAUCAAUUAGCUUCCAAUAAUCCUAUAGAAGAUACUAGAUCAGAAGCAAAAUGUUUAUUAACUAAUGGAAUUUUAUUUGGUAUAUUCGAUGGUCAUGGUGGAAAUGCUUGUGCCCAAGUAGUUUGCAAACGCCUUUUAAGUUAUAUUGCGGUAUCUCUGACUUCUUCAAAUAUAUUACAAACAUUUUUGGAAUCUCUUAUCUCUGGCAAGAACUUAGAGUUACUUGAAACAUUUAAUGAUAAAACAAAAUUUAUCAAUGAAUUAAAUGAAAUUUAUAAAACAAGUUUCAUCGAUUUUAUAAAGUACAUAUUAACAAAUUAUAAAAAAGAAUUUCAAGUGCAAACUGCAAUAGAAAAUGCUUUUCUUAGGCUUGAUAAUGACAUUUCAGAUGAAGCAUUAAAUGCAAAAGGGAAAAAUAUAAUAAGAACUCUUUCUAUAGCAAUGUCAGGCGCAGUUGCUGCAGUUGCACAUAUUGACGGACCUCACCUACAUGUUGCUAAUGUAGGAGAUUGUCAAGUAGUUUUAGGAGUCGCUUCAGAAAACAAUGGUUGGUUGGCUAAAAUGAUGUCGGUAGAGCACAACACUGAUAAUCAUGCAGAAGUUGAAAGAAUUUUUUCAGAACACCCAGCAAAUGAGAGAUCAACUGUAAUAAAAAUGGAACGACUUUUGGGUCAAUUAGCACCACUUCGUUCAUUAGGAGAUUUUAGAUAUAAAUGGAGUAGUGAGGUUUUGAAUGAGAAAGUGGUACCAUUUUACGGAGAAAAUGUAAUACCUCCUGACUACUAUACCCCACCUUAUUUGACAGCUAAACCCGAAAUAAAAUAUCAUAAGCUAAGACCUCAAGAUAAAUUUUUAAUUAUUGCUUCUGAUGGUCUAUGGGAUUUAAUAUCGCCACUAGAAGCUGUUCGACUUGUUGGUGAACAUAUGAGUGGCAAAGUAACUUUAAGUCCAUUACGAUUACCUCAAAAAAAUAUGAAAUUAUCAGAUAUCAAUAAAAUGCUUUUGCAGCGAAAGGAAGGAUUAAAGAAAAAACCCUUAGACGCCAAUGCAGCCACGCAUUUAAUAAGAAAUGCAUUGGGUGGAACAGAAUACGGAAUAGAUCAUGUAAAAAUAUCAAAAAUAUUAACAUUACCAAGUGAAGUAGUAAGAUUGUUCAGAGAUGACAUAACGGUAACUGUGGCAUACAUGGAUUCAGAAUUUCUUAGACAUUAUCCUUAAAUAAAACCAUCAUUGUUUUUAUUAUACUGAAAUAAAUACAUUAUUC